AUGGAAGCCACUUCGGCAAGGAUGGCAUCGAGGAACCAAUUUGAUGGGUUCUCUCCGCCUCGGUCGACCCUCCAACGGUUCAUCUACAAUGCUUGCGAUCCCAUAGCCAACCUGGAACCUAAUCUGGCCUUGAACCUCGAGAUCGUUGACCUGAUAAAUUCCAAGAAAGGCAAUGCGCCUCGCGAGGCUGCAAUCACGAUUGUCCAACUGAUCAACCAUAGAAACCCCAAUGUCUCCCUCCUGGCCUUGUCGCUACUUGACAUCUGUGUCAAAAAUUGCGGAUAUCCAUUCCACCUUCAAAUCAGCACCAAAGAAUUUCUCAACGAGCUGGUCCGGCGUUUUCCCGAGCGGCCUCCUCCACGGCCCAGUCGAGUGCAGAACACGAUCUUGGAAGCCAUUGAAGAAUGGCGCCAGACUAUAUGUCAAACGUCGAGGUACAAAGAAGACUUGGGUUUCAUAAGAGAUAUGCAUCGACUUUUGUUGUACAAAGGCUACAUGUUCCCGGAGAUUCGCAGAGAAGAUGCCGCCGUGUUGAACCCGAGUGAUAAUCUUCAAUCUGCUGAGGAAAUGGAGGAAGAAGAUCGGGCGGCACAAUCGGCUAAACUCCAAGAAUUGAUUCGACGAGGACGGCCCCAAGAUUUACAAGAAGCGAAUCGGCUCAUGAAGGUCAUGGCUGGUUACGAUACGAGGCAUAAGACGGAUUACCGUGCGAAGGCAGCCGAAGAGGUUGCCAAAGUCCAACAAAAAGCCAAAAUAUUAGAGGAGAUGCUUCAAAGUCACAAAGCAGGCGACAAGAUUGGGGAUGGAGAUGUCUUCGAGGAGCUCGCGGCAGCCCUCCAGAGCGCACAUCCAAAGAUUCAGAAAAUGUGUGAAGAAGAGUCCGAUGACGCCGAAGCAGUCGCCAAGUUGCUCGAAAUCAACGACAGCAUCCACAGAACGAUCGAGAGAUAUAAGUUGAUGAAAGCAGGCAACAUCGAAGCGGCCAACAAGAUCGAGAAGGGCACCUUGGGAACCACUACCGGCGUCGGUAAAAACGCCGCCAACGAACUAUCAUUAAUCGAUUUCGACCCAGAGCCUUCAGCCUCACCGACUGCUCAAGCGGUGUCCGAUACCAAUGGCUCUUUACUUGACACUGGAGCCGGUGCGCCGACGCAAGCCAAACCAAAGACUGUGGAAGACGAUCUUUUGGGCCUCUCAUUGGAGGACACCGGAUCUGGGUCGCCGGGAGCUAUUUCUCUUGGACCAAGUACCGUUUUCACGGCUCCUUCUGGCUCAAUCUUUUCGAAUGCUUCCCAACUGCCUACAAGCCAAACCCCGGUCUCUCAACCCUCGCCUAAACCCAAUUACGACGCGUUCGCUUCCCUCACUAGUGCUCUGCCGCAGUCCAAACCGGCAAGUCCCCUCCCAAUGUCCCAACCGCCGCGGCCAUCCAGUCAAGCACCUGUUGACCCGUUCGCCGCUUUGGUCGCCUCCAGUUCUCGACCGUCAACGCCUUCACGUCAGGCCAAUAACCUCCAGCCCAUGACGACAAAGCCGGCUCCCACUUCCGCGCCCGCGGAAGACGAAUGGAUGUUCGAGUCGUCACUGCCGGAAACUCCGGUGGUGAAAGUACUCUCUUCAUCUGUUGAAAUCGAGUUCGAAGCUCGACGGGCAUCAGGAGAAGCAGAAAUUCAAAUAACUGCCCGCUUUUCCAACGCGACUGAUCAACGGAUCACGGGAUUGCAUUUCCAGGUGGCUGUGGAGAAAAUCUACUCUCUCCAACUGAAACCGCAGAGUGGGCGUGAGAUGUCACCGCGAUCACGACAUGCUAUCCAACAAGAAGUCCUGCUCAGGGGCGUUCCUGUAGGCAAAGGAAAUGUAGUUAAGAUGCGGUUUAAGGUGGCAUACGAAUUAAACGGCCAACCGCGAGAAGAACAGGGCAACGUGCCAUCACUGGGAAUCAGUUAG